UCCUGUUUCUUCCUGUGCCAGUUUCUUAAUUCUAGAUUUACGUGUCCAAAUUCCUCGUGAUUACCUUUCUAGAAUCCUCAACUACCCUUUCAUUUACUACUACUUUCAAACAUUGCCAUCUCUUCCUUUCUCUGUCUAUUUAUUCAACUCAAUUUCCAUCGAACCCACACUUUUUAUUUCUUUCUUUCCCUCUUAAAAGUCUAUAUAAUACGGUUACACACAUAAUCUAUUUUCUUUCUUCUUUUUCUUUGCGCAAGAUUUGAACUUUUGAGUUUCUAAGCAACCCCUUUUGUUCAGUUUGUUUGAUCAUGGCCAGUAGUACUAAUGGGUCUGCAAACAGCCAUUCAAGAGCCAGGCUGCAGAGGCUUAGAUGCUCUGUUCAGAACUAUGAUUGGGGGAGAGUUGGGUAUGAAUCUGCUGUGGCUAGACUCUAUUGUAAGAACUCUGGGGUGGAGAUUGAUGAGAACAAGUGUUAUGCGGAGUUGUGGAUGGGAACACAUGCAUCUGGGCCUUCUUUUGUUGUGGGGGAGAAUGGGGAGCAGAGUUUGAAGAGUUGGAUUGAGAACAACCCGGGUGUGCUUGGAGAUAAGGUGUUUGACAAGUGGAACACUAAUCUCCCUUUCUUGUUCAAGGUACUUUCAAUAGCAAAAGCAUUAUCUAUACAAGCCCAUCCAGACAAGAAAUUGGCAGAAAUCCUUCAUAGGACACAGCCAGACAUGUACAAAGAUGAUAAUCACAAGCCUGAGAUGGUGUUGGCUAUAACGGAUUUUGAGGCUUUGUGUGGGUUUACUGAUCUUGAGGAGCUCCAGAAUAUUCUUCGGGAUUUUCAUGAGGUAUCAGAAGUGGUGGGCACUGCAUACACAGAUCAAGUGUUAAAUUGCACCGAGAAAGAUGAAGUGAAUAAGAAAGCCAGCCUGCAGGCUUUAUUCACCAAACUGAUGUCAACCAGUAAGGAGGUGAUCUCAGAUGUGUUAGCCAAAUUGAUUAAUCGCCUAAACUUGGAGAGCAAGGCAAGGGAAUUAACUAGCAAAGAAGCACUAGUUUUGCGUCUGCAAAAGCAGUAUCCAGAUGAUAUUGGCAUCAUAGCGGCCCUGCUUUUUAAUUACAUUAAGCUUAAGCCUGGAGAAGCUUUGUAUCUGGGAGCAAACGAACCUCAUGCAUACAUAUUUGGUGAAUGCAUUGAGUGCAUGGCUACUUCAGAUAAUGUUGUACGAGCUGGGCUUACUCCAAAGAAGCGUGAUACUGAGAUCUUGUGUUCUAUGCUGACAUAUAAACAGGGCUCUCCUGAAAUUUUGCCAGGAGUCAACAUAAAUUCAAGUAUAAAAAGAUACACUCCUCCUCUCGAUGAAUUUGAGAUUGAUCAUUGUGUUCUCAAGGAUGAGAACUCUGUUGUUUUCCCUGUGGUACCCGGCCCUUCAAUCUUUUUGGUCACAGCAGGCAAUGGAACAAUGAAGUCAGAAGCUGAAGAAAUAGUUUCUGAGGGCGAUGUGAUGUUCGCACCAGCCAACAGUCGUAUCUGUGUCACUGCUGCAUCGGAGUUGCAUCUGUACAGAGCCGGAGUGAAUAGCAGAUUUUUUAGGCUGGACUGACCAAUGCUUUCACCUGUGAUAUUAGUAGUCAUUUUAGCUUCAUAUGGUGUGAGAAUUAAUGCCGUGUCUGUAUGUUAGCAUAUUUAAAAGUAGUUUUUAAUAUAUAAUCCAGUACAAUAAGUUUAAGUAAUACAUCUAUGAGCUAUCUCUGUGCA